AUGGCAGAUAAUACAGUAAUUCGGUUUUACGUCUAUAUCCAUCUGUUUUCUUCCGUCCAUGCGCUACAGGGCAAUCUAGCUCCGACCUCCCUGAAUGGUUUCUUUCCACACGCAAUCACCUUCAACUCCGAGCACUUCGCUCUGACUGCGGAUGAGCAAACCGUCCCUGCAGGCCACCUGCCAACCGACACAUUUCCAGUUGAAAUAGGGCCCACCUCAGAAUCAUCUUCUUCUGCGGCAUCUGGUGCUUUGGCAUGCAUGCCCCCAGCGUCAGUAGCGCCUGCUGGCCAAGCAUCUAACAGCCGAGGGGCUAUAAGGCUUCAAGGCCCGACUACUGUGGUCGGACUAUUGCCUGAAGGUACCAACUCUCCUGCAUCCUCCAGCCUCGUCGCGUCUGCUUUAGUUGGCAGUGGCACGGCUUCUGCCUCUCUUCUGCCCAGCGAAGUGGCAUCAACCUUCCUGCAGCCUGCUGAGACUCCGACUUCUGAAGCAAAAGCAGCUCGAGAUGGACAGUCUCGACUAUCAGAGAAGGAGGCCCGCCGAGAGAGAGCAGACCGUGAGAAACGGGAACGCCGGGAGCGUAAAGAUCGAGACCGUGAAGACAGGACAAUAAUAGCCAUGGACGAGAAUGCUAGAAACAUCAAAGACAAACAUGUCAGUAUAAAGCUGCAGGAGAAAGAGAAUGAAAAACUUAAGUUGAAAAAUGAUAUAUUAGACCCGGAGGAUUCGAUUGUUGGUGCCAAGGAUUCAACAUCUUCACUGUCGCUGCGAAAGGCAGCUGCACAUUCAACGCCACAUUCAGCCUAUUCCACCCCGAAUCAACUAGCUCACUCUCCGAUUUUUGACGUCCUGGUUCCAAGCCAUGGCGUUGGUCCGUCUAUAACCUCACACACUUCUGCCAAGAAACCAAUUGCAAGUUGGCCAGCCACGCCACGUACCAACUUUCCCGAGGUUCUGCAUGCUGUUCCAACUACAUUCUCGGAGUUCUCCAAUCUCUCUCCAAACGUAUACCCAGCCUCUUCUAUUUCAUCUCCCGCCCAGGACUCUGCGCAUCUUGUCCCCUCCGCCUUACCCACUACCAGCCUCACUAUGUCUCAAUCAACACCGAGUCCCUGCGGCUCGAAAACCUCAAUGAAAUCACCUUUUAAUCGGCCAGUUAAGAUAGCAUCAUCGAAGACUUCGACUUCUGACAGAACUUCGGAAGAAGCCAAUUCAUGGAAAUUCAAUCGCAAUUCUCUCAGCUCCACUCAAUCCCCAGUUGGACUGCCAACCUCCGCGUUUGCAGUGUCAGGUGAGUCCACGACUGUCAGCCCAACAGAGGAAUGGUCAGAAAUGAUGACAGACUCAGGCCCCGCAGACGGGCAAACUAGCGGCUGGCGUGGAUGGAGAUUCCGACAUGGGGUGAUAGAUAAAAUUGGCGCGGCUUUUAGUGCAGCCGCAACCUACAUGACAACUUCGGCAGUAUCCGGCCAGGAGACAGCAUCUGGUUCUGUCUCUGGCUCAGCCUCGCAGGCAGAGAGUUCGACGUCGUCACCGAUUGCAUCGCAACUAGAUCUGCACACAGUGAGUCUCCCAGGGAGAAUUUAA